AUGCACACUGCUUUUCCAAUGGAGAAGUCAGCAGUCUCCAACCAAGGUCAAAGUCCUCAGAGAGACCUAGAAGCUCCUACCAAGGCUGCCUCACUCAGCUUAUCGCUGCUCUCCUCUGCCACUGAGAAACCUCUUUCAUCCCUUCACUCUCCAUCACCUCCUUCUACAGAGUCUCGUCCCUCAGAUCAGGCCUACCUGCAGGCAGCCGCUCUUUUUCAGCAGCUACGCAUGGAAAAGCCAGUCCCCCAACGACUGCUUCACUACGGAAAGAGGAUGGACACAGCAGCACCAUCCGAGAGCCAAGACAGGAUCACACGGGAAGUGGCCCACCAGCUCGCCUUCAACACACUCAAAUACCAAGACUUAUUGGAGAACGUGGUUAUGGACAGCUGCAUACACACCUCUCAGCAAAUUUCUGCAGACUUGUUGCCAUUGGUGAUGGUGAUGCUGUUUGACCUCCAGGACAAAAAAUUCAUGGUGCAUGAACGUCCAGCAAAGGAAGAGGAGCUUUUGCAGGAAGUCCGAGAUCUAGAGAGCUGUCUACAAAGGUUUAAGACCAAAUUGGCUGCAUCUCUAGCUCGCUGCAGGGUGAAGCAGAGUCUUCUGAGUGUCUCUAAUGCACUUCCUGACUCUGUCAGGACCAAACAACAAAGAGCAAAGCAAUUGCCCCUUUAUGCUUGGGUUAAUACACUAAAGAAAAGUGUGGAUGAGGUGUGUGAGUUGCUGCGUGGUGCAGGAAUGCGUGAAGUGGACGAUGUGACUGACCUGAAGGAGUCUGCGUUCUGCACAGACCCUCUCUGCACAGACACUUUGGUCUUCCCCCAACAACUUCAUACGACGCUGCAGUACUGCACACUUUCAACUGCACGUGUUUUAAACAUGCAGGACAGGAGUGUGUGUCUGGCCGUGGAGGCAUUGCGGUCCCUGUUGGCCGUGGGCAGCGACAUCCUGGUGGCCGGCUCGUUCUCGGCUCUGACGGUGGCCCACAUAGCCGUCUUGGCUGCUGCCUGCUCAGGAAGAGUGCUGGUGUGUGGUACCGAUCACACAGCCCGACAGAAAGAAGAAAUGAAAGGCCUCCUCAGACAAAUGAACAUCAAGAAUGUGCGCACCCUGUCGGAGAGGUUCCUCUGUCUGGAUGAGUGGGACGGCCCGGGUCAACGCGUCAAGACCGUCCUCGUGCUGCCAAAGUGCUCCUCGUCUGCCCUCAACGACCCCGUUCACACAAUCCUCAGUGAACACGGAGACUGUGAUUUGCUGCAGGAUUUGUCUCAAGGUUCAGUGUCCCAAAGCAAGAUACACAAACUGGCCACCAAGCAGGCCUGUCUACUGGCCCACGCGCUCACCUUCCCUAGAGUCCAGACAGUGGUCUACUGCACACGUUCAGUGUAUCCUGAGGAAAAUGAACAGCUGGUCAAAACAGUCUUAGAGGAAGCUGUCUCACAUCGCAACCUACUUCCUUUCAGGGUGAGCGGCCCAGUUUUCUCUGAGACUUGCGAAUCAGGACCAGCCGGAGACAAGUUCCUCAGGAUAGAGCCCUCCCAACACACCAACGGCUGCUUCAUCACCCUGCUGGCCAGAGAGGCAGACCCUACAAAGGUAGAGACGGUCCAAGAUGUGCUGGCACGGGCUCGAGCAAAGGGACUAUUGAAUGGAGUUAUGACGGACCAAUCAAAAACAGACAAAAAGGCAAGACACGGGACGAAGCUCCUACCUGCAAUCGCCGACAAAUCCCCCUCUCCCUCCCAGGGCACUGGCUGGGCGAGGCCUUCUUCCACAAAGACACGCCCUGUGACUGAACAGGAUCUGGGAAGUAGCAGCGUCUCACGCAAGGUGGAGACUGAGGGUAGCGGGGAAGGAGAGAGAGAGAAGCUGGAUGAAGAUAAUAAGGGUGGAAAGAAGGAGAAGAGGGGAGGGCCUCGAAAAAAGAAAGGGAAAACAAAACAGCACCCCAGAAGUUCCAAACAGACUUCGAGGGUUUCCAAGCAUCGUCCUAACCAAUCCAGGAAGAAGGUGACUAAGAGGAAAGGGAAAUGCAAAAGCUACAGCGGACACACUCUGGCUGCCGUGGGAAAAAUGCCUAAAGGUCAACUGCCUGCUCUUUCAUCAACUUUAACCCCCUCUCUCACACCUUUGCAUCAUUCCUUCCAAAUGACUCCCAUCACAGACUCCCUCGCUGCUGAUCUGCCGACCUUGGCAUCCCAACAACCCACAUCUGGCAUGGCUACACCCAGACACCCCUUGCCCACCUGCCUAACACCUUCUUCUGUCCAUGUGGGACCCAACUCGGCUCAUCUCAGAAAAUCUAAACAAGGAGGUCUCCAAGCCGUGGAGAAAAAUCUCCGCGGGAACAGGGAUGAGGCGACGCGGAGACGGUUGAGGCCUGCGGACCUCGUCCUGCCACCCAUCUCCUCCCCAAGCUCCAGCUCUAUAAGCAGUGGGAGUUGUGUUCCCUCCUCCCUCCCUCCUUCCCAGUCCUCCUCUUCCUCCACCUCUCGAUCUCGGCUUACCCAAACUCCUUUCAACUCAUCAAAACUCAAAUUAUCUAGUUUAGAUUAA